UAAUAUGUUUUCCCAACGAUUCCGUCUCCUUUCACCCACAUCUGAUCACCUGUCAGUUAAGGAGGGAAUUGGUUCAAACACCUAAUAACUACCUGCCCAUACUCGCUCGUGACCAGGGCUGGACAUUCGGCUGCUGUGUGUGUUCAGUGGAAAAGGUGUGGUUCUAGCUCUAGAGUAAAGGUGCCUACAACGUGACAGAGCAGAACGACAGAGCUGAAGGAGAGACGCAAAGAGCACUACGGAACUUGUAGCAUUUUUACUUAAGUUUAGUGAGGUUGCUCCAGAGCAGUGAAACCACCUUCUCCAUGCAGAAUAAUCAGGAUAAUAAACAUGUCUAUGACAACAUAGGGUUCCAGCAUGACAUAAGACCCCCUCCAUAUACCUAUCAACAUGCAAACCCACAGACCCCCAGCUACAUAGCUGGACCUGCUCAGAUCAACACCGAGCAGAAUACAGCACCUGCUCCACGACAGAAGAAAGGAGGAAAAGCAUGUCCCUGGAAGUAUAUCUUGUGUGGGUGUCUGUUUGGGCUUCUAAUCCUGGCAGUGGCCGCCCUCUUGCUCUGGUAUUUCUUGUAUUACCAGUGUCCAUUUGGAAGGUCAUGUGGACCUGGAGGGAAGUGUCUGAGCACUACCCAGUGGUGUGAUGGUGUACGGGACUGUUCCAACGGAAAGGACGAAUCGUAUUGCUUUCGCCUCCAGGGGAACAACUUCAUGCUGCAAAGUUAUUCAUCAAACAACCAGGCCUGGUUGCCUGUGUGUGCUGAGAACUGGGAUGACAACUAUGGGAUGUCUGUGUGUGAGCAGAUGGGCUACAGGAGGCAGGAUUAUGUGAGCUCCAGUCAAAUCAGCUCUAGUACCUCAGCCCCUGAGGGAUACCUGAAGCUAAAAUCUGGAAGCAGCUAUGACACGCUAAUACAGUCACAGCUCAUACACAGCCCAUGUAGCUCAGCUAGAGCUGUUAAACUCCAGUGCAUUGAAUGUGGGAAGAGCUCAGCUGCUCCCAGCAGUCGCAUCGUAGGCGGCACUGAAGCGGUGAAUGGAGCAUGGCCAUGGCAAGUUAGCCUCCAGAUUACUGGCAGACAUGUGUGUGGAGGCUCCAUCAUUAGCCCAUACUGGAUCCUGUCGGCAGCACACUGCUUCCAAACAUACACCAAUCCACGAAUAUGGAGUGUAGGUUAUGGUGAUGUGAAGUUGUCAAGCAUGCCAAAAAUGGGGUUAGUUCAGAGAAUCAUUAAUCAUGAGAAUUAUGACUCUGAAACUAAUGCCUUUGACAUUGCUUUGCUCAAACUCAAGGAGCCUGUAACUUUUACAGGAAAAGUGAGACCAGUGUGUCUCCCCAACAGUGGAAUUACUGUCAGUGAAGGCAGUCAAGCCUGGAUUACUGGAUGGGGGACCUUGUUUUCAUCUGGGCAGUCCCCUGACACAUUAAAUCAAGCUCAGAUUAGCAUUUACAACAGAGAGACCUGUAAUGCUCGUCAAGUGUUGGAUGGGAAGGUCACUGAGACCAUGUUCUGCGCAGGCAAACUGAUUGGAGGCGUUGACACAUGCCAGGGUGACAGUGGAGGACCUUUGGUGGUUAACAGAGCAGAUGUAUGGUGGCUCCUAGGGGACACUAGCUGGGGUUAUGGAUGUGCUCUGCAGAACAAACCAGGAGUCUAUGGCAAUGUGACUUACUUUAGUGAGUGGAUAUACAAACAAAUGCAGGAUUACUAACAGAGACAUCCCUGAAGCUCCAAUACAUGCACUUUGAAAAUAAAAUUUCAAGGAAACUU